AUGUCUCUUGUUCGCGCCCGCACCGCUCUAGGGCUUUCAGCCCGAUUCUCUGCCUCUCGCCUUCCUUCUACCACCCCCCUUUCUCUCGUUGCUUUUCGUCUCCUCUCAACCACACCUCGCCUUCAACACGCUGAGCCUGCUCACCACCAUGACCACCUGUCCAGUGGGCCCAUCAAAUCUCCGUCACUUAAAUCGGGAGUAUCCUCAGGUCUCGAUGUGAACCCGUACAAAGGUGGACCGGGCGCUUUGGACAAGGCUGCACACUUGUUCUUCUUCACAGAGAUCGUAAGGGGCAUGUGGCUGGUCCUUGAGCAAUUCUUCAGACCACCAUACACCAUCAUGUACCCGUACGAGAAGGGCCCGCUUUCCCCCCGCUUCCGUGGUGAGCACGCAUUGCGAAGGUAUCCAAGCGGCGAGGAGCGCUGCAUUGCAUGCAAGCUCUGCGAAGCGAUCUGUCCCGCACAGGCCAUCACUAUUGAGAGUGAAACCCGGUUGGAUGGUUCAAGACGAACCACGAAAUACGAUAUCGACAUGACCAAGUGCAUCUACUGUGGAUUCUGCCAGGAAGCGUGCCCGGUUGAUGCUAUCGUUGAAACUCAAAACCAGGAAUUUUCUACCGAGACGCGCGAAGAACUUCUCUACAACAAGGAGAAGCUGCUUGCGAAUGGCGACAGGGCGGAAGCUGAAAUUGCGGCCAACCUAUAUGCCGACCAUGUCUACCGAUGA